GCGCUUAACGGACAGCUUCUGACGCUCGAGGAGAGAGGGGAGCUUAGAUCACGAGCAGGAGCCCCGUUAAUCUGCGCUAGUCUUGUGAAAACGAGACACACCGUCGCCCUCUGUCCGGUAAACUAGGACAGCCGAGGAAACGGAUUGAAUUCCCUUACAGCUAACUUGUUCCCUUUCGAAACCCCAGCGCGCGCUGCGCUUGAAGAAACAUCUUUAACCGCCACAUUUUGUCCAUCCCGCUAAUGGCUCAGGAAUAUAAAGUUGUAUCACUUUUAAUCGACUGAACAGAUUAUUUAUUUUUUGACAGAAACAUCUGGAGUUUUUCGCCAUUUGGUGGCACUGGCUUGGAUAUACACGCGCGCGACUUGAUUUCGCGCCGUUUUUUCCCGUCGUUCUCCUUGUUACUUAGUGUGGAAUAUCUGAGGACUUUAUUCAACGCUCCUGGAAGAAAGAAAAACAGCUCGAAAAACAACUUUAUGGAAAUUUGAGAAGUUUUAUUUAUUUAUUAUUAUUUUCCUUAUCAAGUACGCAUGAUAUUACGAUGUGUGUGGUGGUGGAGUCUUCGCCGCCCCUUUUAGACCAGAAUUAGUCAGUGUGGUCCUGGAGUAGAGGCUAGAUCAGUGUCUUCUCGAUCUCGCGCACUCUCCUCACUAUCCUUUUCCUAUUUCCCCCAAAGGUUAUUUGUCUAUACCCAUGGAGUAACUGAUAAGGAAAAAGACUGAACGACAAGGUGUCUUGUUUUUUCCACCGCCUGUAACUGACAGGCGGUUUAGGGUUGGCUCUUCUCUGGAGAAUGCUCAAUGAUCGAUGGGGAACCAUGAACAGCUCACCGGAACUCGAAGACGGACAGCGGGGCAAAAAUCAGACAUUCUGUGAGUGUGUGCCCAACUCCUCUCAGCUCAAACACCGCUGGUCAGACUCAGACACAGUCAGACAAACACCGCCCAAGAGGAUGAGUUGUAGCUAUCUGCUAUGUACCAUCUUGCUCUUCGUGGCCGUUCUGCUCGCAGUCACAGUGACGGGAACCAUUCUUCUUAUGAACCACUACCAGGCUCCCCCCAUGUCAGAUGGUCCGCCACAUAUUAGCACAAAUCAGGACGAAGCCAAUGCGUUGGUGACAGUCGAGAGAGGUGAUGGAUCACGCAUUAAUAUCUUCAUCGACCCCAACUGCCCUGAUUAUAACAGUAACUUCUUGCGGCUGGAAGGCGUGCAGACAUCUUUGCUGCACUCGCUCACCGACCACGAUACGGAUCUCAAGUCCGUCAAAGGUCAGGAUCGAGCGCUAUUGGUCAACUUGGCAGAGGAAGUUGCUAAGCUGUCAGCCCAUGCGGGCCAGCUGAAGAUGGACUAUGAGUCUCUCAGACGAGGACAAGGCAACCUGGGACAGGACCUGAACACACUGCAGACUGAACAGAGCAGACUUAUACAGCUGCUGUCCGAGAGCCAGAUUAACAUGGUGAAGGUUGUCAACUCUGUGAGCGAUGCUCUGAGUGCCAUGCAGAAGGAAACAGGCGGUCUGAAGGCCAGGGUGAAGGCUGACCUGCAGAGGGCACCAGUCAGAGGAGUUCGCCUUAAAGGCUGUGCUAAUGGCUCUCGUCCACGGGACUGUAGUGAUAUAUAUGCUAGCGGUCAGAGGGAAGAUGGCAUCUACUCUGUUUUUCCCACUCAUUACCCCGCCGGCUUUCAGGUCUACUGUGAUAUGAGCACGGAUGGAGGCGGCUGGACGGUGAUCCAGCGCAGGGAGGAUGGGUCUGUGAACUUCUUCAGGGAGUGGGACUCCUACAGAGAAGGAUUUGGCAAAAUCACUGGAGAGUACUGGCUUGGGUUGAAACAGAUCCAUGCUCUCUCUAUCCAAGGAAACUAUGAAUUGCGCAUAGAUCUUGAAGACUUUGAGAACAGCACAGCUUUUGCGCAGUACGGUGUGUUUGGAGUCGGGCUGUUCUCUGUUGAUCCUGAGGAUGAUGGUUACCCCCUCACCAUUGCUGAUUACACCGGCACUGCAGGAGAUUCGCUGCUAAAGCAUAACGGAAUGAAGUUCACGACGAAAGACAGAGACAACGAUCAUUCAGAGAACAACUGCGCUUCGUUCUACCACGGCGCCUGGUGGUACCGCAACUGCCACACCUCCAACCUGAAUGGCCAAUACCUGCGCGGACAGCACACCUCGUACGCCGACGGGAUCGAGUGGUCGUCCUGGACCGGAUGGCAGUAUUCACUAAAAUUCACAGAAAUGAAGAUUCGACCAACACGCGAAGAGCGAGAGAGCAAGUAAACAUGCAAAAAGUAAUAUUUAAAGGUGAGAAAGUGAAAAAAAAAUAAAAAUAAAUGUUUAAAAGACUUAAAUAUAGGACGUCCGAUGUGGAAAACAACAAGGACAUUUGUUGUUGCUGAUCUGAAAGAGAGCUUUCUGUUGUCCUGUUUAUUAAUUUGGCUAAAAAGUCACACUGUGGUGUGACUGUGCUGUAAGUCCUGCCCUCCAUGUGACAAUCUCUUCAUCAUCAGGCCUUGAAGUUUCUUCACACCCCAGCUGUCAGAUCUCAGCUCUGACUCAACUGCUCUUCAGUGUCAUACUUCAGUUCUGAUAAAAAUGACACUGAAUCAAGUGUACAAUUAUGUUGCCACUGGUUAGAGAAAUAAUUAAUAGAGGACUAAGUACAACAAUGAAAUGUUGGAAUGGUUCCCGUUUCCAUUCUCCCCUGUAUUGUUUAACGCACAACUACGGCGAACACACGCCAAGACCAAAUCUCCGCUAAGUCUUCAUUCUUGAAGAAAGAGGUUAGGAUAAAAGAAGAAAGUGUGGAAGAUGGGAGGGAAAUGAGAGAAAGAGGCAGUCUGGGAGGAGAGGAGUGCAAAGCUUUCUGUGGGAGUUUGUUUCUCAUCUGUCUGACAGGCCAUUAGUGAGCAUAUUGGCCACUUUGUCUGAUCGCCAUUGCCAAGUGAUCAUCAGCAAGGCUCUUUAUCACGCACAUACGCAGAUGGAAGCUGUUUAUGUGUGUGAGAAUGAGAUGAAAAGGAAACGUGAUAUUGUCUCGUCUACUUUCCGAGCGCGCAUUUUUGACUCAGCACAAGUUUGAGUGUUCUCUGGGAAUCUCUUUAUAGGCCCGACGAGCUCGCUCAUGUGUUUACUUAGCACUCAUACACAUGUCAUUUGUUCACGCAUGACUUCGGACCCCGUGUCAAAAUGCUAAUUUAAACGAGCCACCCUGCCGUCUUUUAUGUGCGAACGCUAACGUGUAUAUCAGCACAUUCACUGCCGUCUCUCUCUUCAACUCACUUUCCAAAGGUCAGACAUCUCGAAUGUGAAUAUUGUGCUUCUUUCCCCUCGUGUCCCUCAAGCACCUCCCUUCAUCUCUCGCCCUUUCUUUUUUCCCCUCCCGGUCUUCUUCUCAUUUGUUCUUUCUCUGCUCUUCCCUCACUCCUUCAGUUUGUUUUCUUUGGUCCCCUGUGGAAGUGGAAAAGGUCAACGUGUCAUUUAGUACAAUUACUCUGCUCAUUGUUCUCUCUUCUUUGCUCUUUUCUGACUUUUUCCUUUUCUCGCGCUUCUGUUCUUGCCGCUUCGGUUUCGUAAUUCAUCCCUCUCUCAACCUAAUUAUGUUUUAAAAUCUCCAUUAUCACGAUGAUGGCAAUUUAUUUGUACUUUGUUUAUAUUGUGUAAUUUUAAAUUCAAAAAAGAAAGAUUUACAUAUUUAACAUGAUUAACGCACUAACAAAACUUUUGUUCGCUCCCCUGUUUGUUGUUUUUUUAUGUAUAAAGACAAAAGAAGUUUUCAGGCUGAUUUGUGAAUGAACUUGUGUAAGUAUGAACACUGAUUCAUUCAUCUUGAAUUUUGCGAUUUUUACUUUAUAAAUGUACCAAAAGCUUUAAGAUAUGUGUAGAUUUCAUGUACAAUGUGUAUGUUUUAGAGACUUUUAGCGCAUGUGAAAUGUUUUCUUACGGGAAAAAGCACACAAAUGAAACAAUGUACAAUAGAAAAGGUCCUCGAAAUGUCCUGCUAAUGCCUCUAGUCAUGUGACUGGGAUCGAAUGACUGAACUGAAGUCUCUUGGAUGGACUCUUGUUUUAAAUUCUGGUCUGACAGAAGUGCAGUUAAAAUCCAUUAAAUCUACACCAACAAAUAAUGAGCACAUCACUCGAGAAAAUAUGUGGGAAGAUGACUGCAAAAACAACAUUAUAGGAUGUUGUCAAGACUCUUAAAUGGACAUAAGUGAGUGCUCGUCUUUGUCUCUGGAGUCUCCUCUUAAGUUUGCACCACUUUAACUACAGAGUUACCUCUGUCGGUUUGUGUCUCCGUUGUGUAUUUUCUAUGUUCUCUCAACUCUGAUUUCCCCCUCCUCUCAUUCUGUGGAAUUACAUUGCAAUCAGCCUCUUUUCUCUAUGUCAUCAUUUGCUUCAAAGUUAACCAUGCUGCCUGUUCAGCUGUCAAUAACGUUUCUCCAGUGCGUUGCCAUGGUAAUGAUCCCCUGAACAAAAGCUAACAGACUGAACAAAGAAGGAAGGAAAUAGAUGUUAAAUGAUGUAACAAAGUCAUGAAACCGAGUCAAGAAAGGACAAAAAGAGUGCACAGUUAUAACGGGACAGAUUAAAAUUUAAAAUCAUUUGUAAUUAAGGGUCUCUGUGAGAAUGAGUGUGCGGAAAUGUGUGUGUGCGUGACUGAAUGAAACAGAAAAUAUACUUAUAAAGAAGAAAAGUGAAUUGUUACUUCUGUGUAUGGCAUUGGCUCUUCAUAUUGUGUGCAUAUUAAAAAAAAAAACAAAACAAUAAAUAACAAAUAAAAAGA